AUGAAAUUGCUGGGUUCACCUAUAACUCAAACGAGAAAGUCUCCGUUUGUCCGCAAAACCGUUCUCUCGUAUGACUUCAGCACUGGCUGGUCUCUCCAUGGGGUCGGAGUCGACGAGCUUGUUUCCGGAAUGGAAAUGCAAAGGAAACGAGUACAGGAAUUGGCGUGGGAAGUUUGGGAUAAAUAUCUGAAAGAUGCAAAGACGAAACCACGAGAUGCCCUGCUACAUCUACAAGAGGCUACAUCUUGCAUUCAGGAGUUCGUCAAGAGCACGCUGAUGAAGAAGAAAAACAUCGAGCAUGUUCAAAAUAUGGUGCACGCGUUGACUACG